UGCCCUGGAACAGGAACUGGAAAUAUUUUUUUUUUUUGCGCUCGUCUCUUCAAGGAUGGCGGCAAAUGAUGGAGCGGAGGAGGCUACUGUAUCUCUGGUGGACGUCCUAGAGGAGGAUGAAGAACUGGAGAACGAAGCCUCCGCGGUGCUGGGAGGGAGUGAUUCAGAGAAAUGCUCGUAUCCAGAGGGACAUGUGAAGCGUCAGGCUCUGUAUGCCUGCAACACCUGUACACCAAAGGGAGGAGAGCCAGCUGGCAUCUGUCUGGCAUGUUCCUACAAGUGCCAUGAAGGCCAUGACCUUUUUGAGCUGUAUACUAAGAGGAAUUUUCGAUGUGAUUGUGGAAACGACAAGUUUGGGGAAAUGGAGUGCAAGCUAUUUGCGGAUAAAGAGAAAGUGAAUUCAGGGAACAAAUACAGCCACAAUUUUUUUGGCUUGUAUUGCACAUGUGACAGACCCUACCCAGAUCCAGAAGACGAGGUUGCAGAUGAGAUGAUCCAGUGUAUCGUGUGUGAAGACUGGCUCCAUGGUCGGCAUUUAGGCUGUGUAGUGCCAGACUGUGUGGAACUACAAGAGAUGAUCUGCGAGUCAUGCAUGAAUAAAACACCUUUCCUUUGGAACUAUGCUGCACAUAUUGCAGUUACACCCAUAACAAAAGUAAGCCCAUCCAAAGAAGAAGGGGAUGUGAAGGUGGAGGUAGAAAAUGAUGAAGAGAAGAUAAAAAACGAGAACCUGAAGAACCCUGUAGAUGAGAAGGUGCAGGUCAACGGGACAUCCGCCUGUAAGCGUAAACACCAGGAGGAAGCUGAAGGUUCCUCCGAGGAGGGCUCGUGCUCCGGGUGCAGGCUGAGAGAGAUGAAGGCUUCGGGGAGGAGCCGGGCUCCUCAGGGUGCCGUGUUCUGGCCGUCUGCCUGGCGCACCAAACUCUGCACCUGCACCGACUGCAAGAUCCUCUAUGCAGACACAGGAGUGUCUUUCCUCACGGAUGAGAUGGACACCGUCCUGGCGUAUGAGAACAAGGGCAAGUCCACAGAACAGGCUGAACAAGCGGGUGGAGCCGAGGGUCGUGACCCCUUGAUGUCGGCCUUAAACAACCUGAAUCGGGUUCAGCAGCUGGAGAUCAUCCAUGAAUAUAAUGACAUGAAGACAGAACUGAAGGACUAUCUGCAGAGAUUUGCAGCAGAAGGAAAGGUGGUGACACCUGAGGACAUCCGCCAGUUUUUUGAACAGCAACAAAGCCGCAAGAGACGAAGAGCCAACGCAGGCCAGUACUACUGCAGUUAAACCGUCUUUCACCCUGACACUUCAAGCAUACCAGCUACAUCCAACCUUUCAUGUUUCUUUUUCUCCAGCUUUUUUUCCAAGGCCAUUCCUGGUUUUAUAAAAUAAACACGCAGUUUAAAUUCAGGCCCUCAUAAGCUUGUAUGAUUUUGACCUUCUAUAUUAGUGAUGUAUGACAGGUUCUGUGUUCCCAAAGAUAUAGCUGUAUUACUUUUCUUGUAAUCCUGCCAUUCCAAAUAGGGGGUUGAAUUUGCAAUGACGUUCAGCUCAACAUGUCACAAGUGGCUCUCAGUGUCCAGAAAGAUACAUUAUGGAAAGGCACUUCUAUAAUGUCAUAAAACAGCAAUUGCAGUCAAUCCUCAGGAGCUCUCUCUUUUAAGCAAUUUAAAAUGGUGUCGUUACAUACUGAAGAAGGCUAUUAGGAAAGUCACAAUCACAUGACUGCAUUCAGUAUUAAUUGUUCUGAAGAGAUGGCUAAUAUUCACGUUCAUGUAUGUCAGGGUAAAUAGUGCUACAGCCUAUUAGAGAAAUCUGUUUAGGAAACACAAACCUAUGUAAGUGCUUUUUCAGGUUAUUCAUUUCAGUCAUUGUUGAGAUCUAUUAACCCUUUUUAUUUGAUCUUGUUUUAACCUGUUUCAUGUGUAGAUUCUGUUACUUUUUAAUGUCCUACCUUUGAGAAAUAAACAUGGUAAUACAUUUGG